AAGUUAAUUGUUUAGAAAAAUAUUGUAUUAAUUUUAAUUUCUUCUAAAGUAUUAUAUUUAUAUACUAAAGAUAUUUUCUCAUUACAUAUUUUAAUAUUAUUUUUGCACAUCUUAUUUUUUAUUGAUAAUAUUUUAUUUGAUCAUUUAGAUGCAUAUAUUUGUUCCAAUUAUAUAAAAACACUACUAUAUAAGUUGAAAAAAUGAAUGAUAUUUCACAUUGCAUAUUUAAAUAUUAUUCCUUGCAGAUUUUAACUUUUAAUGAUUAUUUAUUUAUUUAUUUACUUAGAUGCAUAUAUUUGUUCCACCAUAUAAAAAUCAACUAUAAAAAUUGUAAAAUGGAAAGUUUAUGGUUUUUUUAUUUCUCAUAUUAGGAAAAUACACUACAAAAAACACUUCAAUUAAUUUGUAUCUAAUAAAUAAAUUAUAUUAGUUUAAUUUAUUUAUUAUCCGCAAAAUUAAGUAUAUUUCAUAUGAUUAAAAAUAUCUAAUUAUUCAAAAAAAAAUCUAGUCGAAAAACAUUUGCUAUGGAUAUGAUAAAGUUUUACCUAUAGUAAAUGCUAAUAGUUAAUUAGCAUUAUGGUUUUGUUUUGGUUUGUAAAGAAAAUUUAUUUGUUACCAUAAAUAUGAGAUAUUUCUAUUAUUUUGUAAAUAUGAUUAAAAUUCAAGGGUAGAAUCCUAAAUUUUUAAAAUAGGAUCAUGCUUUAAUAGUAUAGAUGUUGCAACAUAACAAUCAUGACGUUGGGUGAUAAAAUAUUUUUUAAUGGUUAUUUUUGUAUAAAAUAUCAUUGAAUAUGAUCUUAUUAAUAAAUAUGUUAUACUGCUAUUUAUGGCUUUGGGACUAAAAUAGUGAUAUAUUAGAAUACAAUGGUUGAUUAAAAUAUUAAAAUAAAUAUUUUACUUUUAGUUAAACGUGAAUUGCAGAAGAUAAUUAUUUUAUAUGAUUUGUUUUUCUUUGGCAAUCGUAGAAGAUUUCAUUUAUAAAUAUAGUUGUGUAAAUAUUGCAAUUAACUGAUCUUUCCUAAAAUGCAGGAGAUUAUAACUAUUCCCUUAUAUUAUUUAGGAUAUGCUAUGUGUAUAGAUUAAAUAAUGUGUCUAACUAAAUUCUAAUUAAUAGGUCCAAACAACCUUUAUAAGUAGAUUUAUUAAGAAUGCUUCCUUUUUAAUAGAAUAGAUAGGAAAAUGAGUUUGGGUCAGGAUCAGCUUAAACAUUGACUGUUCCUUUGGACAAUUUUAUUUAAUUCAUUAUAAACGAUUAAAAUAAUAUUUUAGGGCACCUGCUAGAAAACCCAAAAAAAAUUAAAUUUUUUUGAUAGUUAAAUUUGUUUGAUUUUGGGAUGGACCAUAGACCAUUGCACUGCUGGCUCUGGGCCAUUGCAGUGCUGGCUCUCCCUCUUGAGCCGGUCCUGCUCUGGUUGUAAUAUUUUCUAUAACGUCUGUCUUAUUUUUUUGAACAACAGAACAUAUCCCUCUUAUUCAUUGAUAUGUAGAUGAAUUUCUAAAACUUUAGAAAUUGUUCGCACACUAAUUUAAAUGGACAAUCUAUUUCCUACAAUACCUUCUAGUUAGAAAAGUUUAUAUACACUUAAAUUUGUUUUUGGCAUGACAAUAUACAACCUGAUGUUAUCGAACCAUCAAUCCAACGAAGAAACAUUGUACAAGAUUAGAGGUUUUUUUCAGGACCAAUGCAUAUUCAAGCUGCCAAAGAUUGAUAGCUUUUGUUAACAAACUUAGAAGCAAGAAGCCAAAAAAAAUAAAAAGACAAAGUGGGUUAAAGAUUGAAGUGGAUGCAUUUGUCUAAACUUUGAACCAAAACAUAUUACUCUGUUUCUCUCUCUAAAUACCUACUCAUUCCAUUCUUGUCAAUGUCAAUGAUUCAACACGUGGCAACCCACCAUUCCCUUCUCCCGGUUUAUAUAAACCCUUAGCAGCACUUCAUCGCUCUCAAACCAACUCUCUCUUCUCUUCUCCAUUUCAACAAAGAAGCAAAAACAAAAACAGCCUUUAACUAUCUCAAAAUUGAGCUCUCACUUUGAAGCAACAAUACUGACUACACAUACUUCAAAAAUGUCUUCUUUCACGGCGACUGCGGCGGUUUCUCGGAGAUGGGUCGGUGGCAAUCAUACUCAGCCGCCAUUAUCGUCUCCUCAAAGCUCCAUACCCAUGACAAGUCGUGUCCAACGAAAGCUCAACGUUUCCUCUGCGCUUCACACACCUCCUGCUCUCCAUUUCCCCAAGCAACCCACCAACUCUCCAGCCAUUGUUGUUAACCCCAAAGCUAAAGAACCCGAUACUAAACAAAUGAACUUGUUCCAGAGAGCAGCUGCCGCGGCGUUGGACGCGGCGGAGGGGCUCCUCGUGAGCCACGAGAGACAGCAUCCACUCCCUAAAACCGCUGACCCUAGCGUUCAAAUCGCCGGAAACUUCGCUCCGGUGAAUGAACAGCCCGUCCGACAUAAUCUUCCGGUUGUCGGGAAAAUACCGGAUUCCAUCAGAGGAGUGUACGUGCGCAACGGAGCUAACCCUCUUCACGAGCCGGUGACUGGUCACCACUUCUUCGACGGAGACGGGAUGGUUCACGCCGUCGAAUUCGAAGACGGUGCAGCUAGCUACGCUUGCCGGUUUACUCAAACAAACCGGUUUAUCCAAGAGCGACAAUUGGGCCGACCGGUUUUCCCCAAAGCCAUCGGCGAGCUUCACGGUCACACCGGUAUCGCCCGACUUAUGCUAUUCUACUCCAGAGCUGCAGCCGGUUUAGUUGACCCGGCGCACGGAACCGGAGUAGCUAACGCCGGUUUAGUCUAUUUCAACAACCGGUUAUUAGCGAUGUCGGAGGACGAUUUGCCUUACCAAGUCAGGAUCACUCCAAGUGGAGACUUGAAAACCGUUGGCCGUUACGAUUUCAACGGACAGUUAGAAUCCACAAUGAUCGCCCACCCGAAAGUCGACCCGGAAUCCGGGGAGCUAUUCGCUCUAAGCUACGACGUCGUUUCGAAGCCUUACUUAAAGUACUUCCGAUUCUCACCGGACGGGGUAAAAUCGCCGGACGUCGAGAUCAACCUCGAUCAGCCGACAAUGAUGCACGACUUCGCGAUAACGGAGAACUUCGUGGUUAUACCGGACCAGCAAGUCGUGUUCAAGCUCCCGGAGAUGAUCCGCGGCGGCUCUCCGGUGGUGUACGACAAGGAGAAAGUCGCAAGAUUCGGAGUUUUAGACAAAUACGCCGGAGACUCGUCGGAAAUUAAGUGGAUCGAAGCGCCGGAGUGCUUCUGCUUUCAUCUCUGGAACGCUUGGGAGGAGCCGGAGACGGAGGAGGUCGUCGUGAUCGGGUCGUGCAUGACUCCGCCGGACUCAAUUUUCAACGAGUCCGACGAGAAUCUCAAGAGCGUCCUCUCCGAGAUACGCCUGAACCUCAGAACCGGUGAGUCCACUCGCCGGCCGAUCAUCUCCGACGGAGAGGAGCAAGUCAACCUCGAAGCAGGGAUGGUUAACCGGAACAUGCUCGGCCGUAAGACCAGGUUCGCUUACCUCGCCUUAGCCGAGCCGUGGCCUAAAGUCUCUGGCUUUGCGAAAGUUGAUCUCUUUACCGGUGAGGUCAAGAAGUAUCUGUACGGCGGUGACCGUUACGGUGGAGAGCCUCUGUUUCUUCCCGGAGAUGAGAACAGAGCAGAGGACGACGGUUACAUCCUCUGUUUUGUUCACGACGAGGAGACGUGGAAGUCGGAGUUACAGAUAGUUAACGCCGUUAGCUUGGAGGUUGAAGCGACGGUUAAGCUUCCGUCAAGGGUUCCGUAUGGGUUUCACGGUACAUUCAUUGGAGCCAAUGACUUGGCGACGCAGGUGUGAGUGUUGUGUGUAUAUACAUACGAAUACGUAGAGGUGAUGGUGAAGAAGCUUCUAGAAGAUAAAAAAAGAGAGAGAGAGAGAUUUAUCAGUGGGAUGGUGUGUGCAUAUACGUCCCCGGAAUCUUCUCCUCUUGUGUGUGUUUUUUUUUUGCUCUGUUUCGUGCUUUGUUUUUUUUUUCUCUCUUGGGGUGCAGACCGUGCAGUUUGGUAGUUCCCUAUUUUUUUGGGGUCAAUCUAGAAAUCUGAAGGAUUUUGAGGGACCAGUUUGAAGCUUUUCGGCUGUAGAGUAGCCUAGCCAUUCGAGCUCAGCUGGUUUCUGUUAUUCUUUUACUUAUUGUUGUUCAUAGUGAGAAGUAAAUAUCUAUUAUAAUAAACAAGAGAUUGUGUAAAUAUGUAUGUUUGUAGCAAACAUUCGCUUUUCAAUAAGCUUUUGUCUAUGGUUUUAAUGUUAUUUUAGUUGAAUCAGUUUUGCUUA